CUUUUGCUUAUCUAAUAAAACGGGUAAUGGAAGUUAUGCGCAGGUGUUACUUUGUGUGACAUUCAGAGUGGAGUUCCACAGAACUUGUUUACCUGAACGCACUUCUUUGGAAAUGGUGAAAUCUGCAGGCAACGUCAUCUUCUAAUUUACAGGAAGGCUUUUAAGAGCUCGCCAAGGCAAACGUGAGUCAGCCAAGCAGUAGUCGAGCAGUCGAUUCCACCAAUCCUGAGAGUUGUCUGGCCCUCUGCUUCCUAUCCGCGCUGCAGCCUCUCUCCACCUCUCAGCCACCAUGUUCAUAAACGAAGAGCCUGAGUGUGUCGUGUGCUGCUACAAGUACUCGCGCAGCGACCGGGUCCCGCGGGUCCUCCACUGCAGCCACACCUUCUGUGCCCCCUGCCUGGAGAAAAUGUCCAGACUGGAUGGGGGCAUCCGCUUCGUCUCCUGCCCUCUGUGCCGCUGGAUCACCUGCACCCGAGCCAGCCUGACCCUGCCCGGGGCCCUGUGGGUCAACACGGACAUCUGGGAUCAGAUUACAGAGGAGCAGCAGUGGAAGAAGCAAGAUGAUGUGGAGGAUUUAAACAUCAGAAAGACAACACUCCCUGAUUCAAGACACUCUGGUUUCAAGUCUAAACUCCAAAAAAUGUUCAGCUGUGGGCUGCUGUGAGGAGGAGAGAUGGACGCCUGCUGACAGUUCAACAGCAGAAGAAAUGGCAGCGGCAUCUCCCUUUCGCACCACGUUAAACAUGACGGACCAAUGUAGCGGUGCGUCUACAGCGCAGGACUCCGAGCCGUUUGCAGUACCACAGUUACCUUAUUGAUGGACAGACAUCUCAGACGGCCUGAGUCUCAUCAAUUAUGAGAUCCUCAAGGUGAACUCUUAAGUGGUUUUAAAAGGACUGCACUGACUGACUGGAAGUUUUUGAUCUGUGAAUUUAAGUUGACUUAUUGUGAAAUAUCAACAAAUCAAUAUUCAAUCAAUCCUGAUUGGUUUCCCAAAGCUGAAUUCUAUACCCAGCUAACGUGUUUUUCAAGUGUGAAGGACUUUCUGAUUCAGAGGAUAUUUAUAUUUGCAAUUCACUGGUAUAAGGGAUGCUAUGUAAAGUGUGUGUGUGUGUGUGUGUGUUCAUAAAUAUGAGCCUUUUACAUUUGUAAUAUUUCUAUUUUACAUUAAUGUAGGGCUCUGCUAUUUAAAAUGGAAAGACCAGUAUUUUUGGUAGAACAAUUUUUUAAAACUCUGAUAACUGUGAUAACAAAGAACCUUGACUGUUUAAUUUCAUCAGGUGUUUUUAACAACCAAUAGUGUAAUUUAUACCAUUAAUAUUUUGAAUAUAUGAAGUGAGACAUUCGGAACCUUACAAGAUAUACACUCACCGGCCACUUUAUUAGGUACCCCAUGCUAGUAACGGGUUGGACCCCCUUUUGCCUUCAGAACUGCCUCAAUUCUUCGUGGCAUAGAUUCAACAAGGUGCUGGAAGCAUUCCUCAGGGAGUUUGGUCCAUAUUGACAUGAUGGCAUCACACAG